AUGUCUGACGAUGGCUCGGACUUUUCAAGGGCGUCAUCCGAAUUCCCCACCAUAGACAUGGUCUUUGUGGAUAAGAAGCAGUUUAAGAAAGAGCGUCAAGGUCUGAAGCAAAUAGUUGAGGAGGAGCGGACGUCCUGGGUCAAGGAGCGUCAGGACCUCGAGCACGAGGCCAAGACUGCCGCGAAAGAGGCUAACGGUGCCACCCUUCACGCGAAGAGUCUACACCAACUCUGGACCAAAACCGUGCGCGAUAAGGUGCGCCUUAUGAGAGAGAACAGGCGGCUUCGGGAGCACAAUUCCCAUCUCUUCCACACGGCCGAGGUCCUCUUGCAAGACCAGGCCACGUCGAAGGGAACCUCUAGCAUUGUUGACAAGGCCAGAAUCUUCCAGACUCUGUAUCAGUAUGCACGGCAUCGGAUGGAGGAUCUAGAGCUUCAGCUUGCAAGGGCAAAGGAGGGGAAGAAGGCGGCUGACGAAGCGAACGAUAGGCAACGGAGGGAGGAUAAGGCCCGGAUCGAUGAGCUUGAGAAGCUUCUUGCAGCUAGAACUUAG